GGAGAGAGGAAAGAGAAAUUGACCCUUAUCUUUUUCGGCUGCAAAAAGCCACUAUCCACAUAAGGGAAAAAUUUUCAGUGCCAGUACCCGCUCGCGCAUUCGAGUCGUUCAUUGCAUAUUUGAAUGGUUCAGAUUUGGAGAGAAAAAAAAAAAGAGAAACUGUUAGAAUGAGAGGAAAGAAAGGGUUUCAAUUCGAACCGUCCGAAAAUAUAUUGAAUAACUCGGAUGCAUCGAACGGAUACCAAGUAGGAUAUAUCCGGACGCCACUGAAAAAUCCCAGGCAAAAACAAUUAGCUCAACUUCAAUCUUCUGAAGCAUUUCUCCAAUUCCCCAUCAUCUCCUUCCAAAAAUAACACAGAGUCACAGAGAUAGAGAGAGAGCUCAGAGAAGCCCCCAACGAGGAGAGAGAGAGAGAGAGAGAGAGAGAGAGGCGGUUACAGAGGAGAUGCAGUUUUCUCCAUUUCCCCAUCAUCUCUUCUAAAAACUAAAAUUUAUGCCGUGAGUUUGAUUGAUCCCUUGAACCUUCUCUCUUCUGUGUCCACUUCCUUUCGAAUCGUGCUUGAUUGAGAUUUGAUUGCUUGCCCAGCUAAGUUGAUCAUUAAUCCUAUCGCAGAAGAUGAAUCACUUGGUUCCAGAUUUCGAAAUGGACGACGAUUACUCUAUUCCGAGUUCCUCAGGUUUAACUCGGCCGAAGAAGUACUCACCAAUGGCUGAGGAAGAGAUCAUGGAGCUACUUUGGCAAAACGGCCAGGUCGUCAUGCAGAGCCAAAACCAGAGAUCUCUCCGGCGGUCUCACGUCGGAGACGGUGUUAAUCCGCCGGAACACACGGCGGCGGCCAAAGAGAUCAGGACGGAGGAAGAAUCGGCCACGCAGCUGUUCAUCCAAGAGGAUGAGAUGGCCUCUUGGUUACACUACCCUAUCGAGGACUCCUUCGACCGUGACUUCUACGCUGAUCUCAUCUAUCCUGCGCCGACUGCUCCCGUGGCUCCCAUUCCCGACGAUGUGCGUGUUUCAACCCCGCCUGCCGCCGCAAAGGCGGCAGCUCCGCGGCCGCCGAUUCCACCACCGGCGAGGCGUCCCGAGGUGGAAUCACCGGUGCGGAUUCAGAAUUUCCUUCAUUUUUCGAGGCCGAAGAAGGGGAGGACAGAGGCAGGACCGUCGAUUUGUAACAAGGCGGCGAGGGACUCGACGGUGGUGGACUCGAGCGAGACGCCGGCGCCGGGGUCUACGGUUUCACACGCUGCGGCGCAGGUAUCAGGCGGAAAUGUAUGGUACGGCGCAGCCGCGAGCGGUGCUGCGGCAGUGGCAGUGGCGUCAUCUGCGGCAGGUGAGGAAACGGGGCUGGCGUCAUCGCCAGGCGGCUCGGGAGCCAGCGUGAGUGCGAGCGCCGAGCCGGUGCAUAAACCUGUGCUGGAGGCGGUGACGGAGGAUCGGAAGCGGAAAGGAAUAGAAGCCGACGACUUUGAAUGUCAGAGUGAGGAUGUUGAGUUUGAUUUUCCUGAUGCAAAGAAGCAAGCUCGUGGAUCAACAUCAACAAAGAGAUCUCGUGCUGCAGAGGUCCACAAUCUCUCAGAGAGGAGACGUCGUGAUAGGAUUAAUGAAAAAAUGAAGGCUUUGCAAGAACUCAUACCUCGUUGCAACAAGUCGGACAAAGCCUCAAUGUUGGACGAAGCCAUUGAGUACUUGAAGUCACUCCAAUUGCAAGUGCAGAUGAUGUCCAUGGGUUGCACCAUGGUUCCCAUGAUGUUUCCUGGCGUUCAGCAAUACAUGCCACCUAUGGGUAUGGGUAUGGGUAUGGGGAUGGGUAUGGGAAUGGGUAUGGAAAUGGGAAUGAAUCAUCCGAUGAUGCCAUUUCCAUCUGUACUACCUGGUUCAGCAUUGCCUACAGCAGCUGCGAAUGCACGGCUGGGUCCAACAUUCCCAAUGCCAGCCUUUCAUAUUCCACAGCCUGUUCCUUUACCUGAUCCAUCCAGAAUCCAAGCAACUAGUCAGUCAGAUCUCAUGCUAAACUCGAUGGGUACCCAGAAUCCCAACCCGCCCCAGAUGCCAAGCUUUGCCGAUCCUUAUCAGCGGUAUCGUGGUCUCCACCAUAUGCAACUACCAUUGCCUCAGAAUCAAGCAAUGAUGCAGCCAAGUCCCAGCAAGCCAAAUAGCAGCAGGGAAGUUGAGACUCAUCAGAAUCUUCAGUCUGGGUAAUAUACAGGCAAAUGGAUUACGAAAGGCGCUCUCGCCUACUCAGUUUUGUAGCAUAAGAGAAGACCAACAAUAUAACAACCGAAGUCGAUCCUGUGCCAGAUAAUAUACAUUAGAAACAGAGGCUAACAUGUAAUUAUUCCUCCCUUGUAGCAGUAAGGUCCUUUAUUUUUUGGUUUCCCUUUUUCUGUACCAUAUUUUUUGACCCGUAUCGGACUAUCUCAGAGCCUGAAGCAGCCCUUAACAUCUCGCAAGGGUGGUCUAGUUGUGCCCACAGUUAUUGCUGGGUGGUCACAAACGGGGACCGCUUGGCAAAUUUCUUGAAAAGUUAUUUCAUUGAUCAUGAUGGCCUGGCCUUAUCUUGUUUGAAAUUUGGAAGGCCUUGCUUUCAUUGAUCGAAUUCAAUUGAUUACAUCGUAUAAAGGGGCUAGCACCUGUCUCUUUCUUU